UCUGACGUUACUUUGAGGUUUUUUUAUUUUAUGGAAACCCUCCGGACUCUCUUUGGCAAAUGGCUGCCUGCACGCGCCGACCGAACACUGCUUAUUCUGGGACUUGACGCUUGUGGAAAGACAACUAUUCUGUAUCGCUUGGUGUUGGACCCUACCGAGAUUAUCACAACCAUCCCCACAAUUGGUUUCAAUGUCGAAAAGACGAGCAUAAAGACACGGGCGGGUACGGUCAGCGUCUCGUUAUGGGAUGUGGGCGGAUGCGACAAGAUUCGACCCCUCUGGCGACACUACUUUUCGGGCCUGUCGGGUUUGAUGUACAUUGUCGACUCGAAUGAUCGCGAACGGUUUCCGGAAGCCGUAGAAGAAUUUAGGGCCAUGCUAACAGAGAUUGCGGCUCUGUCGGACGUUGGUGAUCAGCGCAUCCCUGUCAUUGUCAUUGCAAACAAGCAGGAUUUGCCGAAUGCCAUGGGCACUUUGGAGAUUCGAGAGAAAUUUGCUCCGACAGUAGGCAACAGGGCCUUUGCAGUAUACCCUUCCCGGGCCCUUGAACCCCACCUGAGCCAAACAGGGCUACCGGAAGCCUUCGAAUGGCUCACAGAGCAGAUCGUCACCCCACAGGCACCAAGUGUCUCACAACCACCCAAUCCCUCUUCUACUACUUCCCUCUCAACCAAACUCGAAGAAUGGCUCCUACGGCAAGAUGAUCCCGACGACGUCUUUCUCAGCCAACUCGACGCGUGCACCCUCGAUACCUGGGACCAUUACACACAUCUCCGCAUUGCCUAUCUCUAUCUCACCCGCGAAGGACGACAAAAAGGCAAGAAUCUAAUUUUUGACAAGAUUGAACACUUUAUCAAACACAGUCCGAGAACGAACGGAAAGACAUUUCAUUUGACAUUGACUUAUUUUUGGAUUCAACUUGUGAAUUAUGGGAUACGGAGCAUGAAGCCACCUCCGGAAGAGUUUAAGCAGUUUUUGGUCAUGAACCCGCAUUUAGCAGAUGGGAAUUUACCACUCGAGUAUUAUAGCAAGGAGACGCUGUUUAUGGAUCCCAAGGCAAGGACGGAAAUGGUGUUACCUGAUAAGAAACCGUUGCCCAGUGUCAUUCCUAGAGAGACCGCCAAGAGACGAAGAUGAGAGCUUAUAAACAAGCAAGACUUUGCUGAACGAUGGCAUGGGGCAUUUGGAGAUUGCAGAAAUCUGUUCAAUUUUGGAUCAUCUUGGCAGCCUUGACCUCUCCUGCGCGACUCAAGAGUUUGACUACAGUGAUCUCUAAGUCAGAAACUACUGGUGCCAGGAUCGAUCUUCGGCUCCUCGACUGACGUUUGCGGGAUGGAUAUAUGUAAGUCAGCGGUAGAAUAGAAUGGGUCUCAGUGGUAGAUGCGUGGUUCCCUAUAUUAGACUUUAUACAUUGAUUCAUCCCCACAUCGGGGACUCUCUUUC